AUGAUUCAAGCACUUUCUGUUAAUGCAGAAGAAAAUCUUCAACGUUUGAUUAUUUCACAAUGUGUUUGGAGUGAUACAUAUAGUUCAUUAAAACAUGUUCUUAAACGAACAGUUAAUCGAUUACCAUUACUUAUAUCAUUUAGUAAUAAUAACAAUGAACAAGAAACAUCAAAUGACAAUAAUGAUCAAACAAUACUUUUUUUUGAUAGAAAUAUUUCCAAGAAAGCAUUAUUUACACCAUUAAGACAAUUACAAGAUCAGAAAAAUAAAUUUGAAAUUUAUCCACGUCACUGUACUUUUGCUAUGACUAAUUCAUUUAAAGGUAUAUUUGAAUUUGUUCGUAAUGGACGACGUUGUAGUCAUAUCUACACAAAUCUUGAACAACUAGUCAAUUAUGCAACAAAUAUUAAAUGUUCUACUACAUUUAUGUCUCGAAAUCAUGUGCGAUGUUAUUAUCAAGACCCAGAUUCUUUACAUUGGACAAGCAAAGAAUAUACUCAAGGAGCAAUUUUUCAAGCUCAAUGCAUUCAUCGUUCAUCAGAUCAAUCUCAUCGUGAUCGAAAAGUUAAUGCUAAUUAUCUAGAAUGUUUAGAUGAAGACGGCUAUAAUGUUUUUUUAAAAAUGAACCAUUCUGGUCGUUUCUCUCUAAUUGCUACAUCCAUUGAUCAACAACAAAAUCAACCUGAAAUAUUUCUUCAUUCUAUUCAAUCACCUAAUAUUGGUCAAUUAAUACAACGCUUAAAACUUGAUGAAAACAAUAAAAACAAUAGUAAUUGUAUACGUCUUGUACGCGGUGCAGUUCCAUAUAGUUUUACUUGCCAAUAUUUAAAAUUUGUUCGUCAACAUACAUAUGAUGUAUUAGUUGGUUUGACAAAAGAAAAUCUAAUUAUUGAAUGGAAUAUAGAAAGUAAUAUACCAUGUCGAUAUGCAACUAAUUUUGAUGAUAUUAUUAAUAAAUUCUAUGGAACAUGGGAAGAACAAACACUUGAAAGUUAUAUGGAUUAUGCACGAACACAUUAUCGAGACAAUUUUCAAAUUAAUAUACAACUUCUUUCAACAAAAGAUUGGGCUGCAGUAUUGGAAUAUUGGAAAUGGACAGGUGACAUUCAUCAAACAAAUAACAGUGAAAACAAUAUACCUGAUCGACAUCCUCAUAGAUUUCAUUUAGUUACUUCAAUACAAGUAUGA